UUGAGAGCAAACUAAGUUUUCAGAACAAGGGUACGGCACACGAAAAUAACUGAUAUUACUUUGAACCUCAAAUACGUGUAUUUGUUUGUUCCUGUUGAGCGGGACCCAAGGAACCGUUGAGGUUAUCGAAUGGAAACUGUGUACUGUAAAUGAAGCAUGGUGGCUUGCAAAGACAUCUAUUGUGUACUUUCUAUGGACCUCUGACUUCAUUGUGCCACAUUCAAAGACUAAACAUAAAUUCCAACGACGUUGACCAUGAGGGUGGAGAGUUUAUUACUGGCAUUGCAAUGCCUGUUGGGAUUUGUGCACUAUAGCGGAGCAUUGUCAACAUGCAGUCCUUUAGACCUGGAGCUAAUAAAGAGAAAGCGCAUCGAAGCCAUUCGAGGACAGAUUCUCAGCAAGCUACGACUGUCUAAGGAACCAGAAGUAGAUGAGGAAAAGGAGUUACAAAACAUCCCAGCAGAGCUCAUCUCGGUGUACAACAGCACCGUGGAGCUAACUGAGGAGCAGGCGGCACCUCCUGAACAACCUAAAGAAGAUCCUAUGGAGGAGGAAUACUAUGCUAAAGAGGUUCACAAAUUCACCAUAAAACCGAUGGGGAAAUCCUCAGACAUGUUCUUAUGGUUCAACAUCACAGAUAUAAGCCACACAUUGGGUUUAAACUGCACAAUCUCCCAGGUGGAGCUCCGUCUGCGCAUCACAUUGGUUUCAGGUGUUCCUGGUUCAGAGCAGAGACUGGAGUUGUAUCAGGUCACAGGGAACAAGUCACGCUACCUGGAAUCACGCUUUAUUUCUGACCAAAUGGCAAGCAAGUGGCUAUCGUUUGAUGUGACGCAGACCUUGAAGGACUGGCUGCAGAGAAAUGAGGCAGAGCAAGGAUUUCAAUUGAAGAUGGGGGAUAACUGUGAACCUCAGAAGACAUUUCCAAUCAAAAUAGCAGGUUUGUUUCGUGUACGAGGUGAUACAGAAACCUUAUCAGAACAUAUGCCAAGGCCUCACAUUUUGGUAAUGUCACUUCCUCUUGAUGGCCACAGCUCAUCAAAAUCUCGCAGAAAACGUCAAACUGAAACAGAUCGAGUUUGCACCGAUAAGUCUGACGGCUGCUGUGUGAGAAGUCUGUACAUUGACUUCCGCAAAGACCUGGGCUGGAAGUGGAUACAUGAACCUUCUGGUUAUUAUGCCAACUAUUGCACUGGCUCUUGCUCUUUCGUCUGGACUUCAGAAAAUAAGUACUCACAGGUUCUUGCGCUGUAUAGGCAUCACAAUCCUGGUGCAUCUGCUCAACCCUGCUGUGUACCUCAGGUUCUAGACCCACUGCCCAUCCUUUACUAUGUGGGCCGGCAACAUAAGGUAGAACAACUGUCAAAUAUGAUUGUGAAGACCUGCAAGUGUUGCUGAAAGCCCUAUCUCUGUUUGGUCCUGAUGAGCAAAAUCAAGAGAGGAACAUUUUGAGGCAGUUGUAACCCAGUUUAUUCCUGUUGUUUGGUCAACUUGUCCUUUUCAUUUUACUUGACUCCACUGUACCACACUUAGAUGUACUGAUUGUCUUAUACUGUUGUACAUUUAUGUUGAGAAUAACACUCUACAUAUGCUGUGCAUGUUGUCAUAAAAGUGGUAAUAUUCAUUGUUUGAUAUAGAGGAGAUAACUAUUAUUUAGCAGAAAAUCAAAUUGUGACUUAAAAUUUUCAUCACAGUUCAGGUGUAGAUUAUUCUGAAUAAAAUUUUGCAUAUAAAAACUAUUGGACACAUGUUUACUGUAUUAAGUGGAAUAUGAUAUUUCUCGGUUCUGUUUUCAGCAGACUGUUUAUAUACUUGCAGGUUAACAAGCAUUGCUUACUUAUUACUUAAUUAUGCUGUUGACAUUGAAAAACCCUCCUUGUUUUUAAAUAUGUGCUUGCAAAUUAUUUUAAAUUAUUUUCUAAAAUUACUUUUGUUGUUGUUGUAAUUAAUCCCUCUGAAAACACAGAAAAAUAGUGUUUUAAUAUCAUAAUGUUUUAGCUCCAAAAGUAAGCAACGUUGUAAUGUAGUUCAGGUUUUCGAAAGUCUGUGCUGUUGGUGUCAUUUUAUUGCCGUAUACUGUAUUUGUGAUCACCACUGAAUGUUUUUAGUGCGUGUUGUUGCUCUGUUUUUCCCAGAAUCCACAUUUGUUACAGGUGUUCAGGAAAGACAAUUUCCUGCCAGCUAUUUUGUUGUGGCUUCACAGCUGGCAAGGCUUUUUUUAUUUGUUGUUGUUUGUUUUUAUAAAGGAAGUGAAUUAAAAGU